AUGGCUAAUGCUACAACAACUAGAAAAUCAAAAACUGAUAAAGUAUCUUACAAAGAUAUGAUUAAACAAGCAAUUACAAAUUUAAAAGAAAGAAAUGGUUCAAGGUAUGUAAUAUUAAAAUUACGCGUGGUGUUUUUAAACGCAUUAGUUACGAUUAUAAAAUAAUACUAACUUAUUCAGUCGUCAAGCUAUUAAGAAAUAUGUCAAGAGUAAUCAUGAAAUCUCGGGAUCCAAUUUUGAUUCAUUAUUUAAUUCUGCUUUAAGAAAAGCUGUUGAACUGGGUGAAUUAAUUCAGCCAAAGGGUGCUUCUGGUCCAGUUAAAAUUAAUAAAAAUAAAUCUGGAAAAUUGGAAGAAAAAGAACCUGUUGCUAAGAAAGAGCCAGUUGCUAAGAAAGAACCAACUAAAAAGAAAGCUGCUUCAAAGAAAGAAGUAGAAAAGAAAGCUGAUGAAAAGAAGGCAAAGGUUACAAAGAAAGCUGCUCCAAAAGCUGCUCCAAAGGCUGCUUCAAAAGCUGCUCCAAAAGCUAAUAAAGUUACUAAACCAACAACAACUAAAAAAAGAUCAACUAGAUCUAAGAAAUAA